UAAUAGUCAGAGCAGUCGCCUUUAGUGUGUAGAGCUUUUUUGUGGGCGGGGUUUGGCUGGAGCGGAAGUGAGGUCACUAGCCCCGGAACACCCGCCUGGUGUGAGUGUCCAGUGCUGUUAUUGUGCCUGGUGAAGCAGGAGCGCAUUCCGGGGUACACACGGCGGCAGCAUGUCUGAUCAGGUGGGGGCAGGCCGCCAUAGCUCCCCUCCAAGGGGAGGCCAUGGGGGUCUAAUCACAGAGCAGCCAUUGUGGUGAAUUGGAGACAGGAUUGCAAGAUUAGGCAAAAAUAGCUGAUCUGGAAAAAUUAUCUGAUCGGAGAUUGAUUAGUUCAGUCUGAGUCUCCAAUUCUCUGUCAUCCACUGUUUAUGGAAUGGGUCCCUGUGUGUGUGUGUGUUCUCCUGUCCAUCCCUCUGUGUGUGUGUGUGUGUGUGUGUGUGUGUUCUCCUGUCCAUCCCUGUGUGUGUGUGUGUGUGUGUUCUCCUGUUCAUCCCUCUGUGUGUGUGUGUGUGUGUGUGUGUGUUCUCCUGUCCAUCCCUGUGUGUGUGUGUGUUCUCCUGUUCAUCCCUCUGUGUCUGGACCUGAUAUGUGGUUAUAGUCAUCAGCUAUUUGGUGGCACUCUACUUUAUGUUUAUUUAACCCCUUAAGGACACAUGACAUGUGUGACAUGUCAUGAUUCCCUUUUAUUCCAGAAGUUUGGUCCUUAAGGGGUUAAAGGACCGUCAUGGAUAUGUGUGUGUGUGUCUACGUAUGUUGUGUAAUAAUGUCAUUUUAUGGAAAUGGUGUGACCGCAGAGGAAUUUGUGAAAUGACGCCGCGUACUACUACGCCUGCCUCCGCCACCCCCAAAAAUAUAUUGUAUUCUAUGUUCACUUAUAAAUGUAUACUUUAAUUUUGUUCAGGUUAUUUGCUGAAGUGGCAGUUGCUAUAAAUUGAAAGUAAAUGUUAACAUUUAUUUAGAAUUUUUGAUCAAUAAAAAAAAAAAGAAAAUGCUAUGUUGUUAAUUUCAGCUGUUUUAGCCUAAAACUUUUAAAAUUGUAUUCACACUUUAUGACAGCUCGCACUUCAGAAACCAACCUUUUUGUUUAUGUACUUUACUGACAGGGUUAUUCGCUACAGUGAGAGCAAGAGCCAUGCGCGCGCAUUCAAACAGCCCAUAUGAAAGCAUUACUCAAUGCUUUCCUAUGGACAUCCAGCCUCUUCUCACUGUGAUUUUCACAGUGAGAAUUGCGGAAGCGGCUGUCACUGAGACAGCCACUAGAGACUGGAUAAACCCUCAGUGAAACAUAGCAAUUUCUCUGAAACUGCUAAGUUUUCAGCUGCAGGGUGAAAACUAGAGGGACCUGGCACCCAGACCACUUCAUUGAGCUGAAGUGGUCUGGGUGCCUAUAGUGGUCCUUUAAAAGGACACUAUUGUCACCAGAACAACUACAGCUUAUUGUAUUUGUUCUUGUGAGUAUAGUCAGUCCUUUCAAGCUUUUUUGCAGUAAAUACUGUGUUUUUAGAGAAAAUGCAGUGUUUACAUUACAGCCUACGUAUACCUCCAAUUGUCACUCCUCAGAUGGCUACAAGAGGUGCUGCACAGUGUGCAGUACUGCCAUUCAUUGUCUAUACCCUCUGCAUGCAGACACUAAACUUUCCUCAUAGAGAUGCACUGAUUAAAUGCAGCUCUAUGAGGAGAUGCUGAUGUGUUUGGGCUUGUGCUGGCUCUGCCCUUGACCCGCCUCCUUGACACUGUCAGCCAAUUCCAUGCUUUCCUAUGGGAAAGCAUUGUAACUGGCUCAGAUCACCACUUCUGAUGAUGUCAGCCAAGCAGGCAGAUCAUAGGCAGAGCCAGCACCAGCAGAAUGGAAUAAAGGCAAUAAUUUACUAUAUUUAGAGGGGGGGCGGGGAGGUUGAGGGGGGAGGUCUUGAUGGUGAUUUUAGGAAAAAUGUAGGCUCAGGAAUACAUGUUUGUGUUCCUUUAAAUUUGAAAAUCACUUGGUAUUUUUCAUAAUUCUUACUUUAGUUAACAUUGUUGGUGUGCGUGCGUGCGUGCGUCUCUUUUAAAUAUAAGCAAUAAAAUAUCUUUAGCUCACAGUGAUCUAAUUUAAAUUAGUUGUUCCAGUGAGCAUAGUUAGUCCCUUCAGGCUUUUUGCUGUAAACGCUACCUUUUCAGACAAAACACAGUGUUUACAUUGCUGCCUAGGGACACCUCCAGUGGCAGUCACUUAAAUGGCCACUAGAUAUGCUUUCUGGGUCUGUGCAACACUGAUGCUCAGCGUCUCCACGCUCUGCAUGGAGAAGCUGAAUGUUCCCCAUAUAGAUGCCUUGAGUCACUGCAUUGCUUUGAAGAAAUGCUGAUUGGCCAGGGUGGCAUCUUGCUGCGUGUGCGCAAUAGCCUUCCAGUGCUUUCCUAUUGGCUCUCAAGCUAAAUAGUGUUUUUAUCACUGUAGGGUCAUUAAUGCACAUUUGUUCCUGACCCUAUAGUGUUUCAUUUGAAUUCCUGACAAUUCUCACUGUAGGGAAUAACCUUGGAUGUGCAUAUAUUCAUUAAGAUAGAAAAUCUGUGAAAUCACAGCAUUAUUUGCUCUUUGUUUUAAAGGAUUGGUCUUCCACAAAACGAAUGACUUGUACAAUUCAUGUCCCUGUAUUAUUCACACAAUUUGUACAUUGUGCUGGGGAACGUGCGAGAAAAUGUGUAGGGUAACUGAGGCGUUUGUAGGCCUCCUCAGAAGAUGCUUAUCCAGUUGCAUUUGUUUUGAGGGUCCAUAGAGAUUAGCUCACCACAAUGUACAGGUGCACAAAGUAAAGGAACUAUUUAACCCCUUAAGGACACAUGACAUGUCAUGAUUCCCUUUUAUUCCAGAAGUUUGGUCCUUAAGGGGUUAAACACUUGGUAGCUGCAAGGCUGGAGCAAUGUAUGUAGAAUUUGUUGUGUAUUGCUGGAUCAUUUUAUUAUGUUCCUGAAACUUGGAGCUGACAGUGUUAAGACCAUUGUUUGCCAUUUACCGGUUUUAUUACUUUUGCAACUAACGGCACUCUGUUUAUUAAACCAUGUUGAAUUGAAAACUGAAUUGCAAAAUAUUCAAAGUAUUUUCAAGCUUCUCCUAAAUUUUGACUUCCAGCUCAUCUCCCAGCAUGUAUUAUGCAGUUCAAGUUGAGAGCCAAAUUUUAAUAAUCAGGGCUAAAUAACCAGUUCCACGUUCCCUGAAACCCCCACGGCACUUGUGACUUUGUUCCGAACCACCUAAUGUCAAUUCUGUAUGUAAAAAUAUGUCUGUCUGCAAUGGACGGAUAAAACUUCUCACUUGCAGGCAGUGACUGAAGGUGGAAGCGCGAUUGUCACGUCCCUCCUUCAAUUUUCUGAGUCCUCCCACCUCCCUAGUCUCGUUUUUUUAUUUAAAAAGUCUUUAUAUUUUGUAAUGUAUCGGUUUUUGCCUCCACGUAACGGCUCAGUUGUGCACAUACUCUCUCAGCUAGCAAAACUGUCCAAUCACAGGCUUCUCUAUGAGAAGCCAGUGAUUAGACUGUGUGAGCGAAUUGGCUUUGACCUUAACUGAUUUGAUUAGUUUUGGUUUUAGAUUGUAAGCUCUUUUGGCUGUGGCCCUUGUCCUCUACUAUUCCAGUAUGUCAAUAUUGUUUUUUUAGAAUUAAGUGUUUGUAUUCUGUACCAAUUGUACAGCACUGCAGAAUAUAAAUGUGCGAUAUAAAUAAUUGUAAUUGGUUAUCUGUGUGAGGGGAAAAGUAAUUCCAAACAUCUGUCAUUGUGCUGUGUUAUUUACUAAUCUGUCCAGGCCCUAGAAAGUCGCUUACAUACUUAAAAAGGAACAGAACAUGGGUUAACAAUUUACAACUGCUCAAUGGUUCAACGACAUCUCAAUGAACCAGGGUACUGCGUGCUGUCUCAAUUACUGGUAAUCUUAGAAAACGUAUUAAUGCGAUAUGACUACCUAGAGCAGGGAUAGGCAACCUUCGGCACUCCAGAUGUUGUGGACUACAUCCCCCAUUAUGCUCUUACACCUAUAAUCCUGGCAAGGCAUCAUGGGAGGUGUAGUCCAAAACAGUGCCGAAGGUUGCCUAUGCCUGACCUAGAGACUAGCACAUGCCCUUCCAUGAGUUCUCUUUGUUAUCAUUGUGAUAGACACAGGAACACUACUACAUGUUUUGUGGGCUUGGCCAUCUUUACAUUCCUUUAGGUUCCAAUUGCAAACAUUAAUUGCAUUCCAGACAAGGAUUCUUCUACCGCUAAUGCCAGAGGCAUUUAUCAUAGACGUUUUUCUAGUUCGCGUCUAAAGCCUAAACAGAACUAUAUUUGUGCUUGUUAUUGCUCAAGCUUAACAAUCGCUCCUGUUUGUUUUGAAGAGAGUGGCUACAUCAGUUAUGUCACAGGCUGUCUGUAACCUGUCAUAAACUUGGAAAACCCUGGUCUUUAUGGCACUCUAACGUACUCUAGCUAUUUCAUUUGUCUGAGGAUUGGAGUAUACCCAUACUGUCUGUCCGUAUCUUGCCUCAUUAUGUUCUAGUCUAGUGUAUGCCAUGGUAUCUUAAAAAAAUAAAUAAAAUGGGGCUUUUUUUUUUUUGUUUUUUUUUUGUCUUUUGACUAUGGGAUACUUUGAGUAUAGAAUAAAGGAACGCUUUAAUAUUACUAGUUUUUUUAAGUGUAAGUAUUUGUUUAGCCCUUCCCCUAUUUAUAACAAAUACUAAUUAAUUUGCCUGUAAUCCUGCACCAAAACAGUGUCUAUUCAGCUGCCUGGUUUACCAGCAAUUCUAUCAUCAUGCUUGAUGAUCUCAGGUCCAUCCCAAGGCACGUGCACGGCAGUUGCAACGCUCGGCCAAUACAAUUCUUCUCGUAGAGUAGCUAUGAGUCCUUUUGUGUUAAAGGACCACUAUAGUGCCAGGAAAACAUACUCUUUUUCCUGGCACUAUAGUGCCCUGAGGGUGCCCCCACCCUCAGGGACCCCCUCCCGCCCGGCUCUGGAAGGGGGAAAGGGGUAAAAACUUACCUUUUCCAGCUGGGCGGAGAGCUCUCCUCCUCCUCUCCUCCAAGUUAGCGCCGGUGCUGAAUGCGCACGCCAUGCGAGCCGCGCCACAAGAUUCAGCCCUUCUCAUAGGAAAGCAUUUACAAUGCUUUCCUAUGGACGCUGGCGUGUUUCACUGUGAAAAUCACAGAGUAGUGGCUGUCAAUGAGACAGCCACUAGAGGAUUAGGGGAAAGGCUUAACCCAUUCAUAAUUAUAGCAGUUUCUCUGAAACUGCUAUAAUUAUGAAAAAAUGGGUUAACCCUAGAGGGACCUGGCACCCAGACCACUUCAUUAAGCUGAAGUGGUCUGGGUGCCUAGAGUGGUCCUUUAAGAUUGGCUAUAGCUGCUCUGUCUUCUAGCUUCGUCUAAUCACUGCAGGACCAGUGACAGUAGAAAGAUAUGGAAUUCCACUACGCCUGUUUAUGAAGUGGUUUAAGAAACACUCUAAGCACCAAAACCACUUCAUCUUAAUGAAGUGGUUCUGGUGCACAUAUGCUGCCCUUUUGUGAGGCAGUGUAACACAUUGGCAUUUCUUAGAAGUGUCAGACUGGCUUCAGCAAAAUGUAAACCCUGACAGUUGUUAAAGGCCAUUGAAAAUUGAAGGUCUUCAUGUCUAGUGUCAUCAGGCUCAGUAUAAUGACGCACAAUGCUGUUAAUGCUUCAUCAAGAGUGGAACUACUGCCAAUAUAAAUUUUUUUUGUUUAUUAUGUUCAUGUCUUGUAGUGUUCCUUUAAUAUUAUUGACAUUUUGUUGUGUGUAUUUUAGUUGGUUAAUGCAAGAUGGUAGGGGGUUUUAAGGAUGAGCGGCAUCAAGGAUGGAAAGCUUUUUACUGUGAAUUCAGCAGUGUAAUUCUCAUUGAAUGAAGGUGUUUUCUAAUUUCGCAUCUUUCCGUUGUGCUGGAGUCUCAUCUAUUUUCUAGAACAUUAUUCGUCAGAUUUUCUGCAUCUUAUACCUGCUGAUUCCACACUCUAGAAACCGUUCAUUCCACGUAGAGCUGAAUCAGCAACAUUGGAUAUGAAAGGACAUUAAGUGUGAAUAGACUGUGUAAGAAGGCACAUCUCACUGCUGGAAGGGAGGGGGCUGUGAAAUCAUUCAUUACAUUAAGCGACAAUAGGCAUAUAUGCGCGCGCGUGUGUGUACUUUUUUGGAAAAAUGACUACUUUGCUUAAUUAUAGAUCAUUAUUUUCUUUUCUGCCCUCGUGGUUUUGAUUUGCUUUAAAUUGUAUUAUUGUGCUUUUUAUUUAUUUAAACCUUUUUUUUUAAAUAUUUUUAUUUUCCCACUCAGGAAGCAAAACCCUCCAGUGAAGAUUUAGGGGACAAGAAAGAUGGAGGGGAUUAUAUUAAACUCAAAGUAAUUGGACAGGUAAGACAGUAUGUCCUUAUUUCCCCAGUAUAUUUUUAUUUUUGUUGGGGCAGAGUACAAAGAAAUUUAAUGUCAGUCUCAAAUUCUGCUGCCUCAAAUAAUGAUUCCCAUCACUGGCAGGCAGCCUGACAUUCAAAUAUUUGUAUGGUAUGCCUUUGUGUUAGUAGGAAAGAUAGGGAAGAAUAUGACAGUCCUGCUGCUGUAACACAGUUCAGUAGAAAAAAAUACAGGGAUGGAGGGUGGGAUGUAAUAGAUGCAUAACGGCCCUUUGUUAGGAGAAAAUUCUGGAUGUAUCCAUAUUUCAUUACACUUGCUGUUCAUUCCUCUAAAACCACUAACGGUAUUUUCUCAUUGUAAACAUUUCACUGUCAUUGACCAAUUUUCCCUUACAUCACCCCAGUAGGAUUUGUGAGUGAUAACACCUAACUCAUUAUAUACUGGCACGUAAUGCCAAUAUACAUAUUUUCCUUUUUCUUAAAAUGUGUUUUAAGAAACGUAAAAAUUUUGAGUGUCUCUUAUUUAUGUUUUUAGGACAGCAGUGAAAUUCAUUUCAAGGUAAAGAUGACGACGCAUCUGAAAAAGCUGAAAGAGUCAUAUUGUCAGAGACAGGUACAAUUAUAGUGCAAUAAGGCAAAUGUAUGUUGUGGUGUGUGUUGAGUAUUUUUUUUUUUUUUUCUUCAUUCUGAAUUAAAUCAGAUUUUUAAAAAAUAAAUAAAACAAAUUAUAUGUAUUUUAUUUAUACUCUCUUUUUUUUUUUUUUUUUAAACACAUAUAUAUUAAAUGACCUGUAAUGCUGAGUAAGUGAACACGGACACUAUUACACUCACUGUUCCAAAAGCUCACACACUCUAAGACACGCCAAUAUAGACGCGUACAGGAUGUGCACUGACAGACAUUGAAACGCAUUCAGACAUACUGUAAGGGAAGUUCAUAUUACAGGAUAUUAGGAUUUACUCAUUAAAUAGUGAAAGGUGAUGAAUCGAAAACCAAAUUAUAAAAUCUGCAAAUCUACUGUAAUUAAUCCCGUGUUUUGUUUUUUGUGUUUUUUUUUUUAAAUCUACUAUUUUGACCUAAAACUUGAGAGUAUAUAUAUAUAUAUAUAUAUAUAUAUAUAUAUAUAUUAUUUUUUUUAAUUUUUUUUUUUCUCCUCCAUUAUCAUUUUUUAUUGGUGCAGUAAAACAACUUGUACAUCACAUUAUACAUAGCUUCAAGUGUCGCUUCUGGAGAAGCUCAAACUGACAUCAUAUGAUACACAAGAAUAGUCACAUUAUAUAGUAGGUUUAGAUACUCUGAUAUAUACAGCUCAGGUAUCACUAAAGCAAUCAAAUUUACUAAUAUACAUUGUAUGCACUUGAUAUGCGUUUCUGACGCCUCACACAUGACUAUCUCUUAUCUUGCUUGUCGUGGUGCACAUCUACUCCACCUCACUGCGUAAAAUACGUUUUAUAUAACUAGGUAACGGGGAGAGAUACAGAAAGAAAAAAGGAUGGGGAAGGGGAACCCUGGGUACCAUUCUCUUCAAUUAUGCAUUGCUAUACCUGAUACGUGGUAUUGACAGUGCAGUUUUAGUACCAAUCCUAUGCCCUUGUGUCUUGGUGGUUAGUGUGACGUGGUUACAGACAUGGCCAUAGCCCUGUUGAUCCAACACUGGGCUGGGUGGGCCGUAUGUCUAAAUUGCCUUUCAAUUUGCUCCCUGUACACAUUACGUUGGACCUUCUGUCAGUUAGAACUCCCCCGACCAGUCCUCUGGUAGUCUGUUCCUCACCCUAGUGAGAGGGGCUACCCAAAGACUUUACACCAUAACCACUACAGUUAGCUGUAGUGGUUAUAGUGGCCCUCUAACUUGGUGACUGCAAUAGUGUUGGCUUAUGCAGAUUGCCAUGGGUAUGGGCACCUUUGCAAAGUAACAUUGUCUCAUACCUGAAACUGAGGAACAAACCUUUCUAUCUUUUCAAAAUAAAAUCUGGUUUAAUUAUCUCCUUGUGCCAAGUAACUGCUGUAGUUAAAUGUAUUCUGAUACUCGUGUAGUGGAUAUUUUUUUUUUUUUUUUCAUGGUUUCUGUAGUGUAAAGAUUGUCAUCCAUUGGAAGACAAAUUUUAACCUUUGCUUUCCUCCCUAUUCUCUUCUUAAUACCUUUCUUAUUAAUAUACAAAUUGUCACUAAUACAUAUUUUAGGACAAAAUUAAUUCCCUGAUAGUACAACUUAUUUUACAGAAUUGAUGCACAGCUUUUUAAAUUAUUAGCCAGACCUAAAAUGCCCUCUCCACCUGAGAACGCACAUAAACAGCAUUUCACGUUGGUGUGUUUGGAGUGUGAGUGACUGUGAAAGUGGGGUCUACAUAUUAUGUUUGAAUGGAUUCGUAAUUAUGUCAUUAUGUUUGAAUGGAUUCGUUUUUUUAUUUUUUUUGUAAUUUAUUUAUUUUUACAUAUUUAUGUGGUUUUAUUAUAUAUUGAGGAAUCUGCCUGACAACCUAGGCACAAAGUCAAGCACAUUUAGUUUGCAAGCCCUAUAUAUGACCCUACAACUUUCCAAAACACCAUGAUAUCUAUAUUGGGUGGGGGGGGGGUGGGGUGAGGUUGUUGUACUUGUGGGACAUCACAGCGUACAAAUGUGUUUUAUUGCAGUAGAAGCUAACCGUAUUAUCGGUCAUAGUUCUGCCAUGCAAAACUUGGGAAAUAUCACUUCUUAAUUUCUAACACUUACAGCUGUUACCAGGAAGCCCAAGGUAUCAUCUGAUAUCUGAGGUUCCUUAUGUCCCUUUUGGACCACAGUUAGUGUCCUUAGACGGACAGAUGAGCUAUAUGCUGUGCUCAAAGUUAUGUAUCCAGCUUUUUAGAUGGGCUGUACAUUCUCCCCCUCCCCUGCUUAUUAUUCUUUUUUGAGCAGGAUUAAAUCCAGGGAGACUUGGGCAUCAAUCGAUACCUGGGGCUCCCCACUGUCUGCUGGCACCAUUUUUAGUGCUGCUUACAGCUAUAUAAAUAGUGCUUUAAAUCCCUGUGGCUGCAAUGUGAUGUAGGCAUGGUUAAAUUGCUGCAUUCAGCUCUUUGAACUCACCGCGGGUGUGCAGUCGUGCUCACUGCAUUGAUUCUAGGGCUGCAAACUGCCCAACAGAGAUCUCCAAGGUUUAAAAAGACUCUGACAAGGUCUUCCUGCUUGCACCCCUGCUUGCUGUGAGUACAGGGACUGCAUACCUACGUUUCAGCAAUACAUGGCUAUGUCCUUGUAAUACAGAAAAUUCCCAGUAGAUGGCAGUCACAGACAACUCUAGUGUUUAAACCCUGCAACCCCUCUGCUGAUGUGAGUACUGUUCUCGGCAGAGGGAAUCCUUCUAAGGUAGGAUUAGGCUUAGAUAUAGAGCCACUGUUUGAUGCUUCUCAGUAUGGUGACACUGAUAGUGUCACUUUAAUGGAACAUUAUAGAAUCAGAAAUGCAAACCUGUUUUCCUGACACUGAUCCUAAAGUGGCUGUUUAGUGGCUGUUCAUCAAUCUUGAUCUCAACCAAACCAUUGCUUUCCCAUUGAAAAACAUUGUAAGGCUAUUGCAUAUGUGCCACUCAGCAUCUACUCAUAGAGAUGGAUUAAAUCCAUGCAUCUUUAUGGGGACCGUUCAGGGUCUCCAUGCUGAAUGUGGAGACAAACACCAGUGCUGAAGCACCUCUAGUGGCCAUCUGAGUGACUGCCACUAGGGGUGUUACUAGGCACCAAUAAAAAGUAUUUUCUCUGAAAACCAGCAGAUUUAAGAGAUUGGGGAUUGAAUAGUAAAAUAGAAAAAGUUUAAAGGCUCUUGGACAAAUUGCCUGGGGGAUGUACUUUCUUCAGAUAUAUACUUUUUUGCUUAGCAGUUUUCGAUUCUGUGACACACAUUUAUUCCUUGUAGAGAAUUCUUAUUGGAAGUGAUUUGAUUUUGGUUUGCCAUCGUUGUUGCAGUGAUGUUAGUACCUUUUUAAUUAAAUGCAAAAAACAAAGCAAUUGGUGAGCUUCAGCGGUGUAACAUCAUGUUGGUGCAACAUCACUGGCAGUAGGGGCGACCGGAGGCCACCUGUCUGCAGCCUAGAAAGGAGGCCGAGUAGAGCUGGACCGCGGCAGCGCCAAACCUUUCUUUUUUCCCGCAACCCACCCCACUAACUCACCCCGCUACUGCACCCUAAUACAGAGGAACAACCUCUAGCCUGGGACACGACGGCUGACCUGUUGGAGUAUCCCCGAAAACACAGUACUCAGGGGGUUGGAAUGCUGCCCCCCUACCCCUAUUGACAUCCCCUCAACAGGGUGGACCAGAUCAGUAGCACCAGACGACGACCCCUCCCCGGUCUAGAUAUGGGGACAGCCGCUCAAAUAGAGACUUAGACAUAGGAGUACAAGAAGGGAGAAGAGACAAGGCCAUAUGCGGACGAAACCACACUCAGAUGGCCGGACGGGGAAUAUGAGACCUUCCCCGGAGGGACCCGCCUCCAGACAUGGACAAGGGCGACAGGGCGGAGCACGGAGGGUGACACAGUUAGACGGAACCCCGACCCUGCAACCAGGGCACCACAGUCGGUAGGCACAAUAGCUAAACGGAUUAACCCAAAGGCGAAUGACCACCAAGCACUUGUUGUCCCCAACGCUUUUGUUCCCAUCAAGAAAUACAGACAGCUAGGACAGUUGGCGCGGCAGAAAUCACCCACUUGGGGCGGAACCCCCCCCUCUAAGGGGGGUGGGACAUGCUCGAAGUUGAUGCAGGGGCUCUAACCUACACGUAACAUCCCUGGGGAAUAGAGUUGGACCGAGUUAGGUCCCCAGGGGGAAUAUUCGCAGGAAGGGUCAUGCCCCACCUCCCCUGGCGCGCCAAUAGGGGACACACCCAAACAGGGAAGCAUAGCCACUACACACAACCCAAAAGUCGACACACAUGCCCACGCGAUCUCGUGGCCAAACGCUAGCUAACGCAGAACGCAUAAACAAUGCUCCACCGGCAAGCCCAGCACUAAGAGCCCAGCCUGACUUGACCAAGGACCCCAACUAAACCUCUCUACAAAGUCUGACCCUAUGCUAUUGACCAUUACAAAUUUUCGAAAAAAUCCCAAACGACAUAAGGGUUUAUUGAGUUUAUUAACGAUUGUUACAACGUGUCAAAUGCCAAUGUUUAAACUGCACUGUUAACAUGUUGCACAAAAAUAAAGCAUGUCAAAAAAAACAAAACAUCACUGGCAGUAAAGAGGGGUUAAUCUCCAUAUGUGCAGUGGCUCAAAUAAAAACGCUGCACUUGCAGACAGACUCCAGGCACCAUGACCACAUCAAAUCUCUGUAGUAAUCAUCCCACGUAUUACUUUAAUAGGAUAUACUAUACCUAUGUAAUACAGAAGCAAAUAAAAACUAGACCUGAUGUCAUUUGAGACUUUGGCGUUUAGCUGAAAGUAGCAAGUUUAGUUAUUCGUGUAAGACUCUCCUAAGAGGUUUGACUUCAUGUGGUAGGUGAGCUCACACUUUGCUAUUUGGAGUAGUACUAAAAACAUUGCGUUAUUUAAAGGCGUAUUUGUGGGGGGUUUUUUGUUUGGGGUUUUUUUUUUGGUUUUUUUUUUGCAGUCCUGCACUUAUUUCUGUUAACCUGUUCCAAUAUUUUUCCGCACACAAGAAAAAUGUACAGGAAUAACAAUUGUACAGCAAAGGUAAAAUAUACAGUUAAAUAGUUUGAAAACUGAAACCAGCUAUGUCAAGGUGCCAUGGUGGGCGUUGAAACUUCUAACUCUUGUUAAUUAAAGGCAAAAGAGGUGGGGAAAUUCACCAACUACGUAAACCUUUAUAUAAAUGUAUCAUGUCGUGGGAAAAAGAAAGUACACCCUCUUUGAAUUCUGUGGUUUUACAUAUCAGGGCAUGAUAACAAUAAUCUGUUCCUUACAGGUAAAUACUACCCCAAAUGAACAACAAUACAUGACAUAUUACACAGUGCAAUGACUUAUUUAACAAAACUAAAGCCAAAAUGGAGAGGCCAUGUGUGAAAAACAAAGUACACCUUAUGAUUGCAUAGCUUGUAGAACCACCUUUAGCAGCAAAUAACACAAAGUAAUCACUUUCUGUAUGACUUUAUCAGUCUCUCACAUCGUUGUGGAGGAAUGUUGGCCCAAUCUUCUUUACAACGUUGUUUCAGUUCAUUGAGGUUUGCUGCCAUUUGUUUAUGCACAGCUCUCUUAAGGUCCAUCCACUCCAUUUGCAUUGGUUUGAGGUCUGGAGUUUGAUUGGACCAUUGCAACAUAUUGAUUUGUCUAUUUUUCAGCCAUUCUGUUGUAGAUUUGCUGAUGUGCUUGGGAUCAUUGCUGCAUGACCCAAUUUCGGCCAAGCUUUAGCUGUCUGACAGCCUACAUUUGACCCAAGAAUACUUUGUUAUACCAAGGAAUUCAUAGGUGAUUCAAUGAUUGCAAGGUUCCCAGGUUCUGUGUCUGCAAAACAAGCCCUAUUUAUCACCCUCGACCACCCUGCUUGACCAUUGGUAUGAGGUGUUUGUGCUGAUAUACUGUUUAGUUUUCGCCAAAUUUGGAAAUAGCUUUAUAAGCCUUCCCAGUUUAAUGGGCAGCAACAAUUGCUUCUCUAAGACCAUUGCUGAUUUCUUUCCUCCUUGGCACUGCUAAAACUUUGGCUUUCAUAAAGGUGGUCACACUUGCUGAUGAUCAAUUAAUCAAGGGCAUUUGAUUAGCAGCACCUGUCUGCUACUUAGCCUCUUAAUUUCUAUGCAAGCAGUAAGGGGGCACUUUGCUUUUCACACACGGUGUCGCCAUUUUGGCUUUAGUUUUGUUAAAUCAUGACUCUGUGUAAUGUCAUGUGGUGUUUUAUCUGAGGUUGUAUUUACCUAAUUUUAAGACCUGCUAAAGAAUGGAUGAUUAUGUCCUGAUAUGUAUAACUAUAGAUUUCAAAGAGGGUGUGUUUUCAUUUUCCAAUGACUGCAGGUGAUCAGUUGGUCAUAGAGUGGGGAGGAGUGAAAGAGAAAAACAUUUCUAGUAGGUUGUGUAAAGGCAGACCAUUCCCCAAGUUUGUUGAGAGAAAAAUAAAGUCACACAUACCAAAAGGUGUUAUAUUUGUCCAUCGUAUUAACUAAAGUGGUCUUUGCUAUCUUAUCAUACCAGUGCUGGAUCAUUAGGAACCUCCUCCAGGGGACAGGAAUUAGGGGCAAUAUGAUUUCUGGUUCUGAAAUUAAAAUGUCACCAAUUUGCUUAUGUGUUUCCUUCCAAAAUGUAAGUCAGGGGGCAUGACCACCAUAUAUGACCGAUCCUGGUUUUACAACACCAGCACCUUUAACGGUUUGAGUUUGAUGUUCUGUGAUGGAUUUGUGACGUUCUAUAGAUUGGAUUAGGAAUUUAUCAGGCCUCAGAAGAGUUAUGGGACUAGGACAUUUCCUGUCUGGGAUAUAAAUGUUUGAUUUGUGCAAAGUGAAAUCUGUCUAACCAUGUACAUGUGCUUUUUGGCUCUGAGUCUGCAAGUUUUCAUGGAUGUGGUGUAUUAGACUUGUUCCCUUGUUUAAGAAUUUAAUGACACUAACAGAUUUUCCUGGUGGAAAAUCAGGGUAGUUGGUAAGCAUGAUUAAUGGGUUGGGCAAUGUGGACUGUGAGGAAAGCCCGAGUACAGUGUGAAGGCAUAGUUUUACUUUCUGAAUAUAUGUGGAGACUCAUAAUAUAUAUUUCCUUAUAGGGUGUUCCUAUGAAUUCACUCAGGUUUCUGUUUGAAGGGCAGAGGAUCUCAGACCACCAAACUCCUAAAGAGGUCAGUAUGCCAUGUUUCAUGAUCUCAUUACUUGACACAGUCAGUGAGGGCCACACGUUGUAUCCGCCCCCUCUUCUUACCUUAAAUAAAGUUACAAACUCUCCUGUAUUUUAGCACCACGCCAGCCCUGCUCCCCUCCACCUCUUGGUUGAGAUCAUUAGAAUUGACCAUCUCUACCAAUCCAUUGCUUUCUCAUCGGAAAGCAUUGGGAGGCUAAUGCAUGCGCACGCACGGCAAAUUGCCGCUCUGCGCCAAUCGGCAUCUCCUCAUAGAGAUGCAUUGAAUCAUUGAUUCUCUAUGGGGAAAGUUCAGCUUCUCAAUGUAGAGCAUAGAGACGCUGAACCUCAGUGCUGCGCAUCUCUAGUGGCCAUCUGAGUGACUGCCACUGAAAGGUGUCCCUAGACUGUUAUGUAAACCCUGCCUUUUCUCUCAUACUAAACACACCAGAACAAUUCUAUCUAAGCCUACAGAGAUUGUCCAAACUGUCUGUGGGAGGGGGGCAGUUCUUAGACUUGCAACACUGCUUUUGGAACUAUGCUGGGGUGCAGCAAUUGGGGAGAAAUACAGUUGUGUUCCCAAAGGAUUUAUUAAACCUAGUUUGACACCUCUUUUUAAUGAUGAUGAAUUAAUUUUUUUUUAAUUUAUAAUUCUUCUGUAUUUCAGCUUGGGAUGGAAGAGGAAGAUGUUAUUGAAGUUUAUCAGGAACAGACUGGGGGUCAUUCAUCGUUUUAAAACUUUUAUGUAAAUUUUCCCGUUUUACUUUUGGUAAUUCCCUUUUCACUUUUUUGUUGCAAUUUUGGUUUUAACAUGUUUUUUAAUGUCAUUUACCUACCCUCUGCGAACUGUUUUCUUCAUAGUAAUAUGCUACCGUCUACAAAAUGGCCUAAUUUUAAUGUCCACAUCAACUAUCAAGCACAGAGUAGUUUCUGACAGCUGCACCGGUCCAGGUCCUAUGUUAAUAUUUUUUCUUUCUCUUCACUUCUUCUGGACAGUGAGGACCUACUCUGGAAUCCACAUCGUGAAUUCACUUAGUGAUGAGGAGAUCAGUAGCCGGGGACUUAAGAUGAAAAUGUAAACAAAAAUAAAAAUUUUUGGGAUUAGCUUCUUAUCAAACAAUAAUGAACAUGACCCCAUUUAUUGUCAUUGUUCCAACGCCGGCCUAGCAGAAAUAGGAAUUGUGUUUUUCUAGAUACAAGUGGUCAUGCAAUACAACCCGUUAUGGAAAUAAUGUUUGGUGUAUCUUUUUAUUUUUGUGGGGCUUGGGUUUUAAUAAAAAGGAAAAAAAAAAGUAUAUUACAAAAAAAGUUUUUUGUCUUUUUGCUUAAUUUGAAGUUCUAUAUAUAAAAAUAAUAAAUUGUUAAACUGGAGGCUGAAUUCUUCUUGACAUGUCAUUUUUCUAGUCUGUUCCGAUGAUUACUGCCUAAAUAUGAAUUAGGGGGAGUAAUGAGGCACAUGAUCAUGCUUGGGACAGUGUGCAGGAUGCAUCUUGUCCCAAUACCGGUAGAUCAGC